AUGUUCAUCGUUCACCCAUACAUCCAAGCCAGCGCCCCGUACAGCUCAGGUUCUAACAUUGUGCGUUCUAAACAGGGCAAGGUCGCCGAGCUCAAGCUCGAGCUCAAUGGCGGCGGAGGCAAGAAGGACAAGAACAAUAUGCAAAAGAAGAUCGCUUUGAAGAAGAUCGUCGCGAACAUGACAAUGAGCAACAACGAUAUGGUAGCCCUCUUUGCGGACAUCGUUGCUUGCAUGGGAAUUCAAAAUCUGGAGAUCAAAAAGAUGUGAGCACACGUGGGAGGAGCGCACGCGACAAAGCACAACCUGCUAACGGACAACCAGGUGCUUCCUGUAUUUGGUCAACUACGCACGCAUGAAACCAGACAUUGCGUUGAAAGCGUUGCCUAUAUUGGUCCAGGUAUGACUGCCAUCCUCUACCUGGAAUAUCACUGACCCCAGACUCAGGACCUGGAUGACGCCAAUCCCCUUAUGCGGGCUCUGGCCCUCCGAACAAUUUCCUACAUUCACGUGCGACAGUUUGUUGAAGCCACAGUUGAGCCUCUUAAACACCUCCUCAAGGAUCCAGAUCCAUACGUUCGAAAGACGGCCGCGUUCACAGUAGCCAAAGUCUACGACCACGACAAGCACCUGGUAGAGCGCAGUGACUUGAUCGACCGCCUCAAUCUCAUGCUUCGAGAUGAGAACCCCACAGUGGUCUCAUCUGCACUUGCUGCGUUGAUGGACAUCUGGGAGCGCAGCGAAAGCAUCAAGCUCACAAUUGACUAUUCCAAUGCUAGCAAGAUCGUUCAAAUAUUACCAGACUGUUCAGAGUAAGCUCUUUCUUUGAUCUGAUGUACGACUUUGACUGACUGUGUCAGAUGGGGACAGACAUACAUUCUUGAGGCUCUUACGUCGUACGUGCCGCAGGAUACCCAGGAAGCAACUCUACUCGCCGAUCGCAUUGCCCCACGACUAUCACACACCAACUCUGCGGUCGUCUUGACAUGCAUAAGAGUCAUUCUCUACCUGAUGAACUACAUCGAAUCCGAGCGAGCGAUAGGACAGCUGUGCGCGAAGCUGAGCCCACCGCUCGUCACACUCUUGAGCAAAGGCCCGGAAAUACAAUACCUUGCGCUUCGAAAUGCGCUAUUAAUUUUACAGAGGAGACCCGACGUUCUGCGAAACGACAUUCGAGUGUUCUUCUGCAAAUACAACGACCCCAUCUAUGUCAAAGUGACCAAACUGGAGCUUAUAUUCAUGCUGGCCAACGAGAGAAACAUCAAAGAGGUCCUCACAGAAUUGAGGGAAUACGCCACAGAGAUCGAUGUCCAUUUUGUUCGGAAAUCAGUCAGGGCGAUUGGAAAAUUGGCCAUUAAGAUUGAGCCGGCAGCUAAGCUUUGCAUUUCCACAUUGCUGGAACUAGUGGCGACGAAGGUGUCGUACAUCGUGCAGGAAGCGACUGUGGUGAUCAAGAACAUCUUCCGAAAGUAUCCAAAUCAAUACGAAUCCAUCAUCUCGACACUGUGCGAGAACUUGGACUCGCUGGACGAGCCGGAGGCUAAGGCCGCGAUGAUUUGGGUCAUCGGACAGUACGCUGACCGCAUUGACAAUUCGGAGGUGCUUCUUGAGGACUUCCUGGACAGCUGGGCAGAUGAGACGCAUGAAGUGCAGCUUGCCUUGCUUACAGCCACGGUGAAGCUGUUCAUCCAGCGACCGACAAAGGGCCAGGAAUUGGUUCCUAAAGUCUUGAAAUGGGCAACAGAAGACACAGACAACCCCGACCUGCGAGAUCGAGGAUACAUGUACUGGCGACUGCUCAGCAGCAGCCCGACAGCUGCCAAGGGCAUCGUCAUGGGCGAGAAGCCCGCCAUCACCGCCGAAAGCGAAAAGCUGGACCCUGUGACGCUGGAAGAAAUGUGCCUGGUCGUCGGAACCUUGGCAACAGUCUACCUGAAGCCCGUACACACCGUCUUCCGCUCUGCAAGACCUAGACGACUUCAAGAUUCUCCGGCCCUGCAAAAGGAAAAGCUCCCUAGUUGGCAAGCAGCACAGGCGGUGAAGAUGGUUGCCGUAGACGCCCAGGCUCCUGUAGCUAACGGCCGUAGUGGUGGACCGGACGUGUUGGACGAGGCGGAUGCUUACUUUGCAAGUGUUGGUGCUCAGGGUAUCGCGAACGAUGGGUUCGCGACAAGUCCGACGGGCAUUGGAGAUAUGAUGCAGCAUGAGCAGAUGUAUGUUGUCAAUCAGGGGACCGCCCAGGGGACGAUGCAGCCUACUAUGCACGCGCAGAACGGGGAAGGGGAUCUGUUGAGCUUUUAG